AUCUCUGCCUAUCUGUCACCAUCUCAUCUGAAAAAAAAAAACAAAAAAACUUGUGAAAAUACGUAAUCCUGAGGACUUCAGCUAGGUAUAAAUACCAGCAGCAAAAGGAGAUGUACUACAUUUUUCUGAUUGUCUGCUGGUCGGCUAUUAGAAAAGAAAGAUCGGCUAAAUCCUUCGGACCUGAUCAACUUCAUCCCGGAGCUACUGAUUUCAACUACUUCGGCCUAACUCUCCGAAACGAUGAAUUACACAAGUUUUAUUUUCGCUUUUCAGCUUUGCAUAAUUUUGUGUUCUUCUGGUUAUUACUGUCAGGCCAUGUUUUUUAAAGAAAUAGAAGAGCUAAAGGGAUAUUUUAAUGCAAGUAAUCCAGAUGUAGCAGAUGGUGGGUCGCUUUUCGUAGACAUUUUGAAGAACUGGAAAGAGGAGAGUGAUAAAACAAUAAUUCAAAGCCAAAUUGUCUCCUUCUACUUGAAAAUGUUUGAAAACCUGAAAGAUGAUGACCAGCGCAUUCAAAGGAGCAUGGACACCAUCAAGGAAGACAUGCUUGAUAAGUUGUUAAAUACCAGCUCCAGUAAACGGGAUGACUUCCUCAAGCUGAUUCAAAUCCCUGUGAAUGAUCUGCAGGUCCAGCGCAAAGCAAUAAAUGAACUCUUCAAAGUGAUGAAUGAUCUCUCACCAAGAUCUAACCUGAGGAAGCGGAAAAGGAGUCAGAAUCUGUUUCGAGGCCGUAGAGCAUCGAAAUAAUGGUCAUCCUGCCUACAAUAUUUGAAUUUUUAAAUCUAAGUCUAUUUAUUAAUAUUUAAUAUUUUUACAUUAUUUAUAUGAAGAAUAUAUUUUUAGACUCAUCAAUCAAAGUAUUUAUAAUAGCAACUUUUAUGUAAUUAAAGUGACUAUUAAUAUAUAUAUUAUUUAUAAUUCCUGUAUCCUGUGACUGUUUCACUCAGCCCUCUCCCUUUCUUUUUCCUGACUAACUAGGCAAGAUUAUGUGAUUUCAAGGCUAAAUCUCAGGGACCAACUAGGCAGCCAAUUUAAAGAAGACUCUGUGGGUUGUGCAUUUAUUUCACUUGAUACAAUGAACACUUAUGAAUGAAAUGAUGCCAUCCAGUCGCUGCCUAUUUGGGAACAUGUCUGUGUUAUGAGCCACUGCUCUAACGGCAUGUCAGACAGCACUUGAAUGUGUCAGGCGAUAUGACUUGUCUCCUGAUUAAGAAAAUAGCAUUUCUUUUCAUGCCUGGUGUUUCAGAAUAUCACUGACAACUAUGACUGUACCCAAAUGGAAAGUAAUUAAUUUGUUUAGUUAACGAAUAUUUAAUAUAUAUGAAUAAAGUAUAAUUUCAUAACUCUU